AUGUACUAUCCAUCGCCACAGUCGCUUUCCGAGCAAGAACAGUUUCCUACGGAUACCGGCAAAGUCUGGCAACUACCAAAAGCUCUCGAAAAUCGAUCUGCUGUGCUGAACAAUAUUCAGGAGCCGAAGUACGCAUUGAGAGAACGCUUCUUCUCUAACCAGUUCAAGAAAACGGACGAGGGCCAGCUGCCCGUCCCAAAGGCGGUUCUCACUAACCAUUUCGAAUAUCAGGUCACCACUGAGACAUUCUACGAGUACAAGGUCAUCGAUCUUGGAACCAAGAAUCGCAAAAAGCUCAAAAUGUUGUUUGAGAGAGCUAUUACAACUUGGCCCUUUCUGAGAGACAACCAGGAACUCUUCGCCACGAACCACAUCGAUACUAUUGUCUCUUGGAAACCUCUGCAUGCUGAUCUGCGUGAUGGUAAGGACCUUGGAGGCGGCAGUGCUGAGUGGACCCAGACUGUUCCAGAUGGAAACAACAACGUCCCAGCGACUUUCAGGUUUGUGAAGAGAAUCUUUACUGACAGUCUUCGACAAUACGCGGCAGCCAAUCCCAACUACGAACAUGAGAAUUUCGACGACGUAGCUCGGUGUCUGAACAUCGUCAUCUCUAAGAGCUUCGACUCCGAAGUGCACAAGCUCUCUUCGAACAAAUUCUUUGUCAAGAAUGCCCGUGUUCCUCUGACUACAGGAAAACUCAGCCCCCCCUCCAAUUGUCUUGAAAUGAUCCGUGGGUAUUUCUACACCGUCAAGCCUGGUAUGGGAAACAUCAUCCUAAACUUCAACAUCUCAACCAGCGCAGUCUUCCGUCCGAUACGAGUAGACCAGUUCCUUACGUCCAACGAUAACACGUUCGAGGCUAACAAGCUUGAACACAUCCUGAAAGGUAAGAAUGUGUAUGUUACCCGCAAUCGCAAGGACGCCGAUCCAAAGAAGCAAGAAAGGCUCAACAGCGAAGAAUCUCGAUACUGGAAGGUUUUCGAACUUCAGCGUGAGGGAAAUAUCGAGGACUUGACGUUUCCAAAGAAGAAGGUUGAUGCCAACGGCAAGUUUAUGACAAACGCGGAUGGAACCUAUCAGUAUGAGGAUCGCCGGAUUCGAGUAGUUGACCACCUGACACAAGGCAAGCAAUUCAAAUAUGGCUCCUUACUGUUUGGUUCACCUCCCAUCAAGGACCGGCCGGCUGUGAACGUUGGUUCGUUCUCUCAUCCAGUGUGGUACGCUCAGGAACAUCUUCGUAUCGUUCCAUACCAAGCAUACACGCGUCCAGUGCCCAACAAGUACACUGCAACGAUGGUGACAGAAGCCGCCCGAAGCCCAUCUGCCAACCGGGCUUUCAUUGAAAAAGAAGGUCUUCGCAGUCUCGGCUUCACAACUGGCGCUGACGCGGUUCCAUUCGUAACCAGAUUCCUCCAAACAUCACCACCGAAGUCGUUCAAAUACGCCAUUCUCACAGCUCCAGGAUGUGACCGCACGACUGGAGAUUAUUAUGACACACAAUUACGAAAGCACUUUGACAAAUGUGGCAUCAAGAAUGACCAGGCAAAAAGGGUAGAGCCCAUAGGGCUCUCUUCUGUGCUCGAAUCAACCGAAGAGGCCGAUUUGGAGAAGAAGCUACAGGAAGUUCGCGACUCUGGUGCACGCCUGGUAUUCCUAGUGCUACAUCGUGCCAGUACAACGGUUUAUCGAGACUUCAAGAACCUCGCCGACCGUCGCUUUGGGAUGCACUCAAUAUGUCUAGUGGAAAAGUGGAAGAAUGAGCAGGAGACUAACCAAAUCAUGACCAACGUCAUGAUGAAAAUGAAUCUCAAGCUCGGGGGCGUCAACCACGGAGUUUCUGACGUUGUUCAGUGGCUCAGAAACACCAUGGUCUUGGGUGCGGAUUUGGUCCAUCCUGGAAGCGGCGCAUUUCCGGGUACUCCAUCAAUCGCUUCCAUUGUCGGUUCGGUCGACUCUCAUGGUGGAAAAUGUCUUGGAUCCAUGCGACUGCAGAGCAUUGAGAAAACAGACCGUGAGGUAAGCCUCUCGGUGGAAACCAUGGUUCUCGAACGACUGAAAGCUUGGGCGGCGGUGAAUCGAAACAGUCUUCCGGACAACAUCAUCUACUACAGAGACGGAGUUUCCAGUGGUCACUAUCCCAAGGUGAAACACGAAGAGCUUACCGCUAUUCGAUCUGCCUACAAGAUUGCCAGAGGAAAAGCAGGCCUGCCUCCAAAGAAACUCAACUUGACCGCCGUGAUCGUAACGAAACGUCACCACACUCGCUUCUACCCAAUCGACUUCGGCGAUAAGGACAAUCACGGUAACAAUAACUGCCUCCCAGGAACCUGUGUCGACAAACUCGUAACAUCACCAUACUACCAAGAUUUCUUCCUACAGUCACACAGCGGCAUCAAGGGAACCGCAAGACCCACGCAUUACUUCAUCCUCGAGAACCAGAUCCCAGGCAUGAGCUUGGAGAAACUGCGCGAUCUGACUCACAACCUGUGUUACUCGUACGUCCGCUCCAUGAGCGGGGUGUCCUACGCGUCCCCAACCUACUACGCCGACCGCCUCUGCGAGCGCGGAAGAAUGUACAUCCGCAAGUACUUCAACGGUGACGAAGACGCCCUCUGGACUGAGCUCCACGAUCUAAAGAAGACCAUCGAAGAUGCACAGAAGGCGGACAGAGCUGCGCGAUAUGGCGGCGGCUCGCAUGUCAAGUCCAAGGCGGAAAAGGACCUGGAGGGUGAUCAUGCCAAGAGUGUCAUCGACAACCAGAAGGCGUAUGUCUUUGAGAAGAUCGAGAGUGAGUUCUACAUGUAUCGGGACAGUUCUGAUGAGGCCGAGAAAUCGGAUAAUCCUUGGCCGAAAACUAUGGAUGGAACUAUGUUUUGGAUGUGA